GACUGACAGAAUAGAUCGCAACACCAUUAACCAUGGUCCAAGAGAAGAAGGUGGUUAUUCAAGUAUCUGACUGGCUUAGAGUAUACGACGACGGCUCAGUCGACCGGACAUGGACAGGACUCCCGGAGUUCACUUUCCUAUUUCAUUCGGUUUCACCUCACGAGGAAUUCAUCAAUGGCGUUGCCACAAAAGACGUGGUCAUUGACAAAACAUCCGACCAUCGCGUCCGAAUAUACCUACCGGAGAGAAAGCCGGAGGACAAUGACGACACUAAGCUACCCAUAAUCCUUCAUUUCCAUGGAGGGGGCUUUUGCAUUUCCGAAGCCGAUUGGUACAUGUACUACUACAUCUACUCCAAGAUCACACGCGCGGCUAACGCUAUUGUUGUCUCCGUCUAUCUAAGACAAGCCCCCGAGCACCGUCUUCCAGCUCAGAUAGAUGACAGCUUCAGUGCUCUCCUCUGGCUACGAUCUGUGGCUCAAGCAGAUUCGUAUGAACCGUGGUUAAAUGAACAUGCAAACUUGAACCGCAUUUUCCUCAUAGGGGACAGUUCAGGAGGAAACAUUGUCCAUGAAGUGGCUGCUCGGGCAGGGAAUGCGGAUUUGGGUCAGUUCAAGUUAUCCGGUGGGAUUCUUAUCCAACCUGGCUUUGUCCGGGUAACGAGGAGCAAGUCGGAGUUGGAACAGCCACAGACAUCAUUUUUUAACGUAGAUAUGGUGGACAAGUUGUUCAGCUUUUCACUUCCGAUGGGGUCAACCAAAGACCAUCGGAUCACAUGUCCGAUGGGUUCAUUGGCCCCGCCUUUGGACAGUCUGAAGCUGCCUCCGAUGCUCAUUUUCAUUGGUGGGAUCGACAUAUUUCAGGACACUGAGAUGGAAUACUAUGAGGCCAUGAAGAAGGCUAACCACGAUGUGCAGCUCUUGACUAUCCCCGGAAUGAGACAUGCGUUUUAUCUCAACGCGGACAUGGACCCACGCAUGGCUGCCCCAACUGAAAGUCUAGUUUCUGGGGUGGUAGAGUUCGUCAAGAAGCAUUGAAAUGCGCGCUCUCCAUGGUAAUAAUUAAUUAUGAUGUUUUGCUAUUAAUCUGUCCGUCGUGUUCUCCUUGUUUUACCAGCAAGUCUCAGCUAGCAAUAAAAGACAUCCAGCAUAUUAUAUGUAUCGUAUAUAUGACGAUAUUUUCCCCAUUGAUCAAAUGAUCAGUGGUGCAUGUACAAGAUGUUUCUUUUUGUAAUUUUCUUCCUGGCAGUAAAGAAAAAA